CCUCUCUCUCGUAGACUGGAUGCACAUUUUAGCCUAAAUAAUUAUUAACUAUAUUCAAAUUGUGCUUACACACUGACCCACUUUAUUUCAUGUAAAACAAACAACAUUUUGUUUACCACAAGCCUUUCCAACCACACAAUGAAUCCAAAUCAGAUGCAGUGAUUCAAUGAAACUAUUUCUAUAUACAUUUUUUAUAGAAACUACAGUAUCAGUGAUCAUCAGAAGCUGAAUAUUCUGUCCAGUUUUUAAAGAUUUAUCCAUCCAUGACGGCUAAUGGUGAGAUUGGGUUCUCAAAUACGCCUUUCACAAACAAAGGAGACAUGGCAGAUGAUGGCCAUGGCAACCCAACUAGAAGCAGGGGUGAAACUCAAGAGAAAAGGCCAAGGAAAACAAUCGGUUGUUUCUCAACGAGCAAGACAUCAAGAGUGUAUUCGGAUGAUGACUAUACUCAGGAUGGCUCUAUGGACCUUCAUGGAAACCCUUCUGUCAAGAGCAAAACAGGGAACUGGAAGGCAUGUCCAUUUAUACUGGGAAAUGAAUGCUCUGAGAGAUUGGCAUACUAUGGAAUGUCUUCAAAUAUGUCGGUCUAUUUUACAACAAAAUUCCAUUUUGGUAAUGCUGCAGCAACAAAAGCCAACAGUAACUGGUCUGGAACAUGUUACAUAACACCUUUGAUUGGGGCUUUUCUGGCUGAUUCAUAUCUGGGGAGAUAUUGGACAAUUGUUAUUUUCUCUAUAGUGUAUUUCGUUGGAAUGACAUUGUUGACUAUAUCUGCUUCUGUGCCUAAACUUAAGCCUCCUUGCAAAGAUGGAGUUGAUUGUCAUGUCUCGACAGCCCAACUUGGUGUUUUCUUCCUCUCACUUUACCUUAUUGCUCUAGGAACUGGUGGCAUUAAGCCUUGCGUGUCAUCAUUUGGGGCUGACCAAUUUGAUGAGACUGACGAGGCAGAAAAGAAGAAAAAGAGUUCAUUUUUUAACUGGUUUUAUUUUUCAAUAAACAUUGGUGCUCUCGUAGCUUCUAGUGUUCUUGUUUAUAUCCAAGUGCACGUUGGCUGGGGAAUAGGCUUUGGAAUCCCUGCUGUGGCCAUGGGAAUAGCCAUCUGUAGUUUCUUAAUAGGCACCCGUUUAUACCGACAUCAAAAACCAGGAGGAAGUCCCCUGACUCGGAUAGUCCAGGUGAUAGUUGCGUCAUUUAGAAAAUGGAAUGAGAAGGUUCCAGAGGAAAAGUCUCUGCUAUAUGAAGUUCAAGACAAUGAAUCGGUCAUUGAAGGGAGCAGGAAACUUGCUCACACAGAUACAUUGCUAUUCUUUGACAAAGCUGCAAUAGAGACACCAAGUGAUAAAAAUCACUCUGGUCCCAUCAGUCCAUGGCGUCUCUGCACUGUGACCCAAGUUGAGGAGUUGAAAUCUAUUAUUCGCCUUCUGCCAAUUUGGGCUACUGGGAUCGUUUUUGCUGCUGUCUACAGUCAGAUGAGUAAUUUGUUUGUUUUGUUAGGGCUGGUUAUGAAUUAUCAUAUGGGACCUCAUUUUGAAAUUCCAUCUGCAUCAUUAAGCAUAUUUGAUACACUUAGUGUCAUAUUGUGGGUUCCAAUUUAUGAUCGUCUUAUUGUACCAACUGCACGUAAGUAUACAGGCCAUCAAAGGGGCUUUACCCAACUACAACGUAUGGGUAUUGGCUUGGUCAUUUCCAUUUUUUCAAUGGUGGUUGCUGCCAUUGUUGAAAUCAAGAGACUUGACAUGGCAAAAGAACAUAAAUUCUACAAGAAUGACAAACAAAUAGUUGACAUGAGCAUCUUUUGGCAAAUUCCUCAGUACUUCUUAAUAGGUGCUGCAGAAGUGUUCACCUUCAUUGGACAACUUGAAUUCUUCUAUGACCAAGCUCCUGAUGCUAUGCGGAGCUUAUGCAGUGCACUUUCACUUACAACAGUGGCCUUAGGGAGUUACUUGAGCAGUCUGCUAGUAACUAUUGUAGGAAGCAUUACAACCAGACAUGGAAAGAAAGGAUGGAUUCCUGACAACUUAAACGAUGGUCAUGCAGAUUACUUCUUCUGGCUUCUGGCCAUCCUUAGCUUUAUCAACUUUCUAGUCUAUCUUGUUAUUGCAAAUUGGUAUAGAUACAAGAGGGCUACCGGAGAAGUCCACAUAACCAAGUAAACUGCAUUUACAGGAAAAACUUGUAUUCAUUCUAUUCUGAAUGCAAAAAGUUUCAUAGAGAAAAACAAAAACACAUGCAACCUUUAUUUUCCUUGUCUUUCCAACAAGCUUCUUCUAUAUACAGGAUGUAUUCCCUACCUUUGGCUUAAUGUACAGAACUGUGACAUGCUUUAUUGAAGCAAAUCCAUUUAAAAGUAAACUAGCUUGUAUUAUCUUUCCUACCAAAUGUCGAGAUGUAAUUUUACACUCAAAACAGUUUGUGAGAUGCUGAAAGUUGUACAUCCUCUUCAAAUUGCUCAAUGUAGUGUAACAAAACUUUUUUAUUGCUUGCCAGAAAUUAUUUUAUGACCAAUGCUUGGUCAGAAGCUAUAAAGUCUAUUUUUAAAGAUA